ACGUCUUUGUUGGCGAGGUACACGAACAUCAUAAUAUCCCAUCCUUGGACGUGGUAAACACGCAACAGAUAAUUGCAUCUGAUGCUCUCAAACGCGAAGCUGACAUUUUAACCGCGUGGCCACAUCAGUCUUCCUCAAGAAUUCUCGUUGCGCCACAAAACCAGGCUGCUCCCUAUAAUCCAACAAUUCAUCAGGCCUCUACGGUCUCGACUCUGGUGAGCGUGUACUGGCGCAUCGUUUCAUGUAUACUAAUCCUUGAAUGCGACAGUCCCUUUCGGGUCCCUCGAAUGUGUUACUUUUUGGGAAGACUGGAGUUGGAAAAAGCUCCAUCAUCAACUUGAUUAUGAGACAAGAAGUCGCACAGACGUCACCAGAUGCAGAAACCUGCACACUCAAGCAUACCGCCUACAACAUUAGCCUUGGACUCCGCCGCUUCAAACUUUGGGAAGUUUCGUCAAUCGAAUCCCUGGGUUUUUUCCAGACCCUUUUUUCAAAAUGGCGCUUGAAAAAGGCAUUCAAGAAGCUGCACAGAGAUGAUGGAGUCUACCUUCUAAUAUAUUGCAUGAGUGGAUUGAGGGCCCAGCGAGCAAUGAUCAGGGAUUAUAAAAUAUUCACCGAUAUUAUCAGCUCUGCCGCCGGUGCACAGGACGUAACUGUCGCAGCUGUGGUCACCUGCCUAGAAGAUUACCCCGUGAACAUGGAUAAUUGGUGGACGAAGAACAAGGACAAUCUGGAAAGCCUUGGGAUGCGGUUUUCCAAGCACGCGUGUAUCACUUCCCUUCCUGAUGAUCCAAACGCAUCGCUCGCAAUGCGCGCGCGUCGGCAUCGAUCAGAGCAGGUCAUCCGCAGCCUCAUCGAUGAGUCCUAUCAAACUGGUAGAACACCCCUCAAUUCCUGUCUAGCUCCUGCUCCAUGAAAUGCGUAUUACGGUGUAUGGAAAUUAAUCUUUCCCUUGGCGGGGAACUACACUUACGGACCCGGUGACUUGCUGUUACAGAAGGUGCACUUAGUUGACUGUUCUGCAUCACCAGCUGUGGGUUCAUAUACUACACCUUAUGUGUCUACUAUUGCUAGUUACCAUGUAUAUAUAGAGUUUGAUACUCACAGUAAGUACUGUAGUUGACUUUCACUUUCAAAGCCUUCGAAUUCGAG